AAACACGGUGCGUUACGUUUAAUUGUUGACAAAUGUCCCCCAAAUACAGGACACUAAUUACAUGGUACCCGAGUUUAAACAACGUUCUUACUUCGAAAUUAAAGCUCAAUUGGAUGCUUAUCGUCUAGCAAAUCCAGUAACUCCAGAGUUAAAACCUCCAACCAUAAAUGUACUUCAGGAACCUGCCAACAGUUCUGUGGUAAAAGAAUCAUCUACAAAAUUAGCUAGAAUUACUGCCAUUUGGAAUUUAUGGUAUGUACAAUUCAUUAUUACUCUGUUAUUAUGGUUAAUAGCCAUAAAAAUUGAAUUUGGUGCUGUAUUUUUUAUUAUCGGAGCGUUAUAUUGGAUUUGGGUAUGGGGAACAAUAAGAAAUCCAAAACCUCACAUUUCUAAUAAUCCUGAUGAACAAAUUGUAUCAGCUAGCUUCUUUUUCGAUAAUUCCCCUAUUCCGUCAAACAUUAUGUCUUGAAAAUAUUUUUAAUAAUUAUAAGUAACAAGUCUUUCCGAAUUGUUUCAGAUUCUUUUCUUAUCUGUUGAAUAGUUUUAUGAUCCUUAUAUUUUGAUUUUAUUUAAAAUGAAAUUUCUCAAUAAACUGAAGUUACUAAUGUUUAUCUUAAAAUACGUUUAAUCCACUUUAGAGGGAAUAAAUCUAAGGUAUUUAAUAAUUAGUUUAAUUUUGGAAGCAUUUGAGUAGCUGGCUAACUAAAAAUUCGAUAUUCUCGCACGCCAAGCUACUCUUUGCAACUCCAACUUCAAUACGUAAGCGAGACUACUUGUAUCCCCUUCUUCCUUAUCCCGCAAACUAGAGUAAGAGGUCUAGUAGUUGUAUAGAACUUUCAUUGAUGAAAGUCAGCAGAAUAAUUUUUAUGUAAUAAAAUAGCAUGCUCAUAAACGGAAUGGAGACACAAUA